CAGACGGCGUAUGUCGGUCGCGUUUAUUGUUAUGUGUCUGUGGUUUCCUUCACUGUGGCCUAGUUUUUUUUUUUCCGCUGGAGGCCUUGAGGCUUCAGAGAGUGAGAGAGAGAGAGGAGGAAAAAACUUUUUUUAUGUAUUUCGUUAGUUGAUUUCCAUUCCUUGGAUUAGUCUCAUCAGACUGGAUUUAUCUCACACAAUAUUCUAACAAGCCUUGACUUGGAUAACCAUUCAUAGAGGUGACGAAGCGAAAGCCUUGAUGUACUUUUAAAGAAUGACCAUGGCUCUUGGACUUAUCACCUGGAGACUCGGCCCCGUCUUGUUUUGAAUGUUUGUUUUGAAGACAUUUCUCUCCAUGCAACUACAGCAAAAUGUGAUCUGAGCAACACACGCUGUCUUACUUGUCAACAGUAACCAUUUGCGGUUGUCAUGGCAACCACGGAGCGGUGACGUCACUGCCCAGAAAUAGAAAGUCUUUUUUUUUUAUAGAGGGAAAAUAUUUCAACCCACUUUUUUUUUUUUUUUUUUAAAGUUGUCGACUUUAUCUUCCAAGAGAGUGACAUUUCAAAACAAAACAAAAUUGAAUCUUGGAAAUGAAUCUAUUUUUAGACUCUCGACUUAAGUGUUCAAUAAUGUGGGCGAUAGCUUGAAAAAGCAAUGUCCAUUGGUCCUUUGGAGUUUAAAGCCAACAACGCCAAAGAUACAAAUUGCUAUCCUGGGUUGUGGAGGGAUGCUGAUCGUGAGGGUGGUCUAGAGCUCACCACAAAGUCCUGAGAAAAAUGUACGGAUCCAAACGUGUUCUCGUCCGGGACUUGAACCCGCACAUUUUAUGUGCACUGUGUGGUGGCUAUCUGAUCCAGGCAACGACUGUAAUCGAGUGCCUUCAUUCAUUUUGUCGGACGUGUAUAGUGAAGUUCUUAGAAACAAGCAAAGUUUGUCCGAUCUGUGAUGCUCAGAUACACAAGACACGGCCUUUACUUAAUAUCAGACCUGAUCAGACGCUACAGAGUUUGGUUUACAAGCUCGUACCUGGACUUUUUCAAGAUGAAAUGAGACGUCGCCGGGAAUUCCAUGCAACACUUUCAGAAAGUGACCUUGAGGACCUGACCUUAGAGGAGAGGGGAGAGGCCAAACUCGAGAGAGAGUACAAACAAGGAGAUGACCAUGUCAGUUUGAUACUACAGAUGGCUUAUAGGAAGGAGACCAGAAAACCGUUCAAAGUCAAAGAUACUCGCUAUCUGCUGUGUCCAUCUGAAGUGACCGUCAGACACUUGAAGCGCUUCCUCAAAGCUAAAUUUGAAUUGGGCGAAAACUUGAAGAUUGAAAUGUUCAGGGGAGGUGAAGAGCUGACUGACGACUUGAUGUUACAAGACAUUGCCUUGAUCUACUCCUGGCGUGCUGAAAGGCCCAUGAGAAUUUGUUAUACAAUUACAGAAGAUACAAAAGUGACCAAGUCGAAGAGGACAUUACCCAAAGCAAUAUCCACACCUAUCACUCAUGCUUCUACCAUAUCAAAUAACUCCACACAGUCGGUGCCAAGGACUGAGGUCAUGGGAAAAAAGUCCACUGUCUUGGUUCAAACUGUUUUAGAUGUGCAUGCCCCUGAUUUGUCACCACCUGUCCUGACGCCCAUGGUCACCUGUACCUCCAUAGCACCACCUGUCACAGUAUUAACACCUUCUGCAGUUACUUCCUCACCACCAUCUGUGUCCACAAAAGGAUCAGCAGAGCUAGUGGGACAAGCUCCAUUGAAAACAGCACCUGAAAAAGCGACACAGUCUGUCAGUAAGAAGGCAUCAGUUCCUUCCUCACCAUCCAGAACUCAGUCGAAGCCAGCCAGCGCUGACCUGAAAAAUGUGGUGACUGUCACUUCUAAUCAGGUCAGCAAUCAUUCUGAAACAGGCAUUGAUCACAAUAAUUCAGGCAGUGAUUGCUUUAGUCAUAAGGACGCAGUCACAGAAAUCAAAGGCAAAGGCUCCGGUCAAUGUGAGCCUCGUUCUAAACUGACCCACCUCCUUCACAGUGUCCAGUCCAUCCUCAGCAAGAGCAAAAAGAAAAGUCAUCAGAAGCUUGACAUUCCUUUGUCUUGGAAGCCUGUUCAGGAUGUAAACCAACCAACUGCGACGCCAUCAUCAUCCUGGAAGCCAGAAAGUUUGGAGUCACUGACUCCUAGUUAUUCUAAAGUCACUUGUAAUGACCAGAACAACGUGAUUAUAACAGACAAACCAGCCUCAUUAAACUCACUUGGUCAAUCUGGCCGUGACAGAUCGCAACCACUUGCUAAUGAGACAUCUAAAUGGACUGAGCCAGAGAAACAAGAGUCCUAUAUAAGAGUGAAAGAUAAAGCAGGAAGAAAUCUAAGUGAGUCUGUUGACCAAACUUUUGCGCUGGAUAAACUCCACUCCACUAACCAGUCCGACACAGCUGUUCAUCAAAUUAACAAUCCCACCAGCUCAUUCUAUCUGACAUCGGUUGAUUGUCCAGCUUCUAUUCACACGUCAUCUGAGAGUGACCAUCUCUUAAAAAAACAAUGUAAUGAAGAAAGGAAUUAUUUCAAUGGUUCUGGAGUUGUGCCCUCUUUAACCCUCGGAAACAAAAGUCCCACUCCGCCAGUCAAAACCAGCUCUGACAACACAUUCUCCAGUGAUCCAGCUGAUGACGACAGCAUUUUCUCCACCUACAUUCCAAAGUUUCAGAGACAUCGUAAGUUCACUUCGGUCAAGCGGUCAAUCUCUUGUGACCAUCAGAGUCCAUCCCGUGAGGCAGGGGCAAUAAAUAGCAAAUCGCUGACCGUGAGUGAUUCUAUGGAGAAGAGGAAUUGGAAAAAACGGAAGCUCUCUGCUUUGGACAUGACCUCUCCAGGGAAUCAAUCUGUCACCCACAACAGCUUUGAGUCAAACCGCCAAAAUAUUGAGUCAGAUCAUUUAAGUCCUGGUGACUCAAUAACACCAAAGCACGACCCAUAUAUGUUCACUUCAGGGGAAACUUGUACCACCUCAAGCGUGAAUUCUAGAGGCAAACUAGUUGCAAAUGUCCAUGGAUUAAAAUCUAGAAUAAGUCAGACAGCAUUGGACUCGUCAGCCAGUCCUGUAGUCUUCCCCAGUCCAAAAAAUGGACUCAUUCCACAAAAUACUAAAACGGAAUGUCCUGCCAGUAAAAACGCUAGCGACUCACCUUUACAAAACUCUAGCAAAGAGUCCAGCCCGAAAAAAAGACAUUGUCAAGACAAGGUUACAAAUAUUACCACACACACUCAAAACAUUGCCACUCACGCGCAAAGUAAUAACUCUCUUACAAAUCUCGUGUCUCGCUCACCCGCUAAAACCACAAAGCUUGGUAAAAAGUGCAAAGAGCAAAAGACAGCCUCGGACAAGAAAAACGGGAAUUCCCGAAAUUCGCAUUCGGCCCGCUCCAUGGCGGAGAUAACUGUGGACAUCAGCAGCAGUCCAUCCGACGCUUCCAGCGUGACGUCACCGGCAACGGACGUGACGUCACCCGGCACUGAAGACAGGACUGACACUUCUGUCCUAACAGAGCUGACACCGUCCUGCGACAGUGACUGUGUCUCCAACUACCAAAGCAGGGGCACACCUCUGGAUUUAUCUAGCAAAAGAAAGAAAUGACAAUUGGUCGGAAUGUCCCGACAGACUGACAAUGAAGUAAACACGUUUUAAAACAGAACAGAUUGAACCCUAGUGUUCGAAAUGUCCAGUGAUCUUCGCGUAGUUAAGGUGAAAAAAAAAAUGUCAGAAGUUGAGUCAUUGGCAAUAAUACAAAACUCUAAAUGUCAUCAGCUUUAAACUUGAAGUCUUUGUCUUUAAAUGUGUCGAUUUCCAGCUCAUGAGUUGUAUAAGUAAAACCAAAUGGUCCAAGUCUACACGGUCUCUAAUCUGGACAUAUUGAUGUCAUGUUGAAGGUUUAUUUCAAAUGUUUGGACAAUGUGGUAGAGUCCAUACAAAAUCGAUGCUUCAGUUUUUGUAGUUUUCUUGGUUUAGAUUGACUAGCCAGUGGUCAGUUAUGCCGUUUUGGCCAAAUUUGACUUUUUGUUAAGUUAAAUUUUUUUUUUAAAUUCUUUGUUUAUUGUCUGUGAUGUAUUUGAACACAUGUGCCUUUAACAUCGGUGAGACUGGUGAAUCUGUGAGACUCAAUCUCAGUGUGAUUAGUGAAUACAGUGGUCUAUUUAUAUGACCCUAUGUGGUCCUAACAUUGUUUUAAGCGAGCUGUUUAUUAUCAAAGUGAUAUUUUUGUUGACUUACAUGUACAGAUGUUGUGGCAUUUAACUCGUGAUCCGAAGUGAUAGGCUACCUGUUUGCUGUGAGUCCAGGUAAUGACACCAGGUACAUGAGUUAGGAAAAGUUGGUUGUUAACCGUUAUCUAUAGAAACUGACAAUCUUUACUUUAACACCCCAUUUGAUCUCUAUACACUUUCUGACUUCGACGCAGCAGGCUUGUUAGAGGCUGAACAUGGAACUGUUUGUUUCCUCUUCAAAACGCCAUAAUACAAUCCUCUUUCAAUACUUGUGAUGAUGUAUUAUAUUGCUUUGCGGCAGCCCAAAUCUCCGUGUCGCUUAUGAGUAAAUCCACACAAUCUUCAAGUCAUUGGUCUCUGUGCUUCUAUCUUUACUUCUUAUCCGUGGCUGGGACUUUUCAGGGGCGUCUCUCUGUGGAGCCUGGCUAUCUGAUCUAAAGGUUAACAACUUAGCUUUGUGUAGGCCGCAUGAAUCACAAACACUUGACCUGGACUUCUUCAUCCAGCCAAUACACAAUCACAAUCAUUCGGACACUUCUUCACCCAACCAAGACACAAUCACAAUCAUUCGGACACUUCUUCAUCCAACUAAGACACAACCACAAUCAUUCGGACACUUCUUCAUCCAACUAAGACACAAUCACAAUCAUUCGGACACUUUGUCAUCCAACCAAGACACAAUCACAAUCAUUCGGACACUUCGUCAUCCAACCAAGACACAAUCACAAUCAUUCAGACACUUCGUCAUCCAACCAAGACACAAUCACAAUCAUUCGGACACUUCGUCAUCCAACUAAGACACAAUCACAAUCAUUCGGACACUCCUUCAUCCAACUAAGACACAACCACAAUCAUUCGGACACUUCGUCAUCCAACUAAGACACAAUCACAAUCAUUCGGACAGUUCUUCACCCAACUAAGACACAAUCAUUGGGGCACUUUAUCAUACAAGCAAUACACAAUCAUUGGGGCACUUAGUUUGCGUUGUGGUACUUACUUAUGUAAGCUUAGUUCUGUGGUUAGUGAUGUCAGUUUAUGGUUACCUCUCUUGGGGAACAACCUUUCAAGUUUUUAGGAUUUGGAAAUUCUGUCAAUAUCUUGUUAAGACAAGGAGGACAUAUGUACACAGCUGUACAACUGUAAGAUGACAUGUACACAUGCAGUAACCAGUACUCAAACGCUAAAUAAAUGGCUAUGCUCUUAGUUACAUAUACAGUAUCCAGUACUCACCAGCGAAAUGAAGUGGCUAUGUACUUAUUCAAAGGGUAAGAAUAGAUGAUCUUCAAUCUCCGUCUUUCCAUGUUCGUUGUCUUGUUCCAAAGACAUUUUUGUUAACUAUAUAGAUCUAAGUUGUAUAAAGUGAUGGUACUUGAACUACUGGCAUAUAGAGACGUAUCUAAUACUUCUUAGUAUGAUGUUGAAAAUACUGCGUGAUGUAAUCAACAAUUGUAUGUAUAUAAUGUUGGAAACAUUGUGUCCCCAGGUUUGUUUGUGAAAUUAUAACAUUUUGAUUUUUGUUUUUAAUUAUACAUACGCAUUGUACAUAUCAUCUGUUGUACACACAUCAAUGUACACUUCCAUCGCUAGAUCGUGUUGCCCUGUGUUACCUGUGUACAUAACUGUGUACACAUUUUAACUUAUUACUCAUAAUCAUCCCAUCAUGCUCUGCUGUUUUCUUCAGUCUUUCUAUGACUUCAAUCUUUUCUUUCUAUCACAUUUAGCCUACACAUCUAAUUAUGCACCAGACUGUGUCGAACAGGUGAAAUUAUUGUUAUUUAUUUUUUGAUUAUGACUCAUUGUUGCUUUACAAAAUAAUUUGUUUGUACAUUGUACAGAGGAGAGACUUGACACGUUUUUAGAACCACUGUUCACUAUACACUGUACACUAAUUGCUUGGUGCCUCACUAUUCUGCGUUAAUUGCUGCUAUUGUGUACAAAGCUAUACAUUUUAUCUUGUCAUAGACUAUCUCUCCAUUGAAUCCAUCUUCUAUUCAUCUAAUCUCCCUCGCCUCUCUCUCUCUCUUGUGUCUAAACACAUUUCCCUGUGGCUCACCUUGGUUCUACCUGUUCAACACCUGGUGGAAGACUCGUUGGAAACAGAGAAACUCAAACCUUAUGUUUAUUUACUUUGGUUUCCAAGAAACGACAGGAAAAAAACACAAUACAACUUUUUCCUGCCUUAUACGGUACCAAUGUUGUGGAAAGCGGUUUUUUUCCCAUUCCUUACGAUUUAAAAUUGAAAAGAAGAAAGAUAAAUACAAAUAGUUUAUGAUUAGAAAUGUCUAUAAAAUAUACUGACCACUAAGUGAUUGAUAUGAUCAGAAAUUAUCUAUAUACAUUUUUUUUUAAUUUGAUCAGAACUUAAUUAAUUUCGAUCUUAAUAAAAUCAUGAAACAAAUGUUUUUAUGGACUAAAACUGAAGAACUCUUUCUCUUCUAGCCCCAGCGAUGCAACAUCUCCUUACAGGGAAUGGUAGAGACACAGUAGGCCCGGGCCAAGUUGUUCAUGAAUUGUUUGAUUAGUUUGACUUUCCGGUACACGAACAUUGAUAUCCAUUCAUUCAAUGGUCACUAAAGACCUGGCUGGUCUGUGUGUAACAUUCACCAGAUACUUCCCAUGUAUAGAGUUCUGUGUUAUCUCAAUGUGGUAUUAGCGUGAGGAAUCAUUGUGUCCAUUGAUUCAUCUAUUAAUGUGUUUGGAGACAGUUACUUUAUGUUAACAUUAUCUUGUCUGUGACUUUUAUUACUUCACCCGUACCAGCCCUUUAGUCUCUCUGUCCCUCUUUCCUUUUUCUCCACUUCACCAUCAUCUCUCUCUCUCUUUCUCCCACACAUCUCUCUCUCUUUCUCCCACACAUCUCUCUCUCUUUCUCCCACACAUCUCUCUCUCUUUCUCCCACACAUUUCUUUCUCCCACUAAUCUCUCUCUUUCUCCCACUAAUCUCUCUCUUUCUCCCCCACAUCUCUCUCUUUCUCCCACUAAUCUCUCUCUUUCUCCCACACAUCUCACUCUUUCUCCCCCACAUCUCUCUCUUUCUCCCACUAAUCUCUCUCUUUCUCCCACACAUCUCACUCUUUCUCCCACACAUCUCACUCUUUCUCCCACACAUCUCACUCUUUCUCCAACAUCUCUCUCUUUCUCCCACACAUUGCUCUCUUUCUCCCACACAUUGCUCUUUCUCCCACACAUUGCUCUUUCUCCCACACAUCUCUCUUUCUCCCACACAUAUCUCUCUUUCUUCCACACAUUGCUCUCUAUCUCACACACAUCUCUCUUUUUCUCCCACACAUCUCUCUCUUUCUCCCACAUCUCUCUCUUUCUCCCACACAUAACAUAAAUGCAUAUAAGCACCAUCUUGACCUGAGACAUGUGACCUUCAACUACUCACCCACUACGUUUUCAGCCUCAUAUCUUAGAUGACCUCACCUGACCUGGUCACGAGACGUUUACAACUGGUUUACUUAGUCACUAUUUCGUUGAAUUGUUCUCGAAUUCAUUGCUAUGAAACAAAAAGGACAUUUGCCGGACACCAAUUAUAUUUGAAUCGCCUGCACCAACUACACUGCACCAACUACACUGCCACUGAAUUCUGGUGUGUGAGAAGACGAAAGUGUGUACACAUUUUGCCUCUACACGUGUUCAGAAGUAUCAAGUGCUAGAGAUGAAACUUGUUAGUCAUUUCUUUGUAUGUUUAAUUACGUGAUGUCCUGACACUAUUUGACACAGCCUGUCAAUGUUGGGACUCUAGGUCAUAGAAUGGUGUUAUUGAAUGAAUUUAUUCAUAUUUGACUGUACGUAAAGAGGUGACUUGUACUUACAGAUAGUCAGUUGAACAACAAAAAAAAAUAAACUUAAGUUCUUUAAAAAAAAAAAAAA